AUGCUAAAAUUUUGAAAAGUUCAGUGUAAAAUGUGAUUUGCAGGUUUACAAUAUGAUUACUGAGGAAAUAUUGGAUCAUUAUCUGCUUUAGCUAUUGGGCAGCACAACAUAUAUUAUGAACGCGAUAUAAAUUGUAUUUACCACGACGAGAUUAAAGAAAGAAUGCUAUUAUUUCAUAGCUGUUGAUUAAUUAGUUCAUUUGUCUUUAUUAAUGAAAUAGCAUAUAAUGAUUAA